ACUGCUCAGCUCCAUCUCAACUCUUCCUCUCCCGUCUCUCUCAGCAGGAGGGUGAAGUCGGGGGGGAGGAGGGAGGGGAGGAGGAGGAGGAGGAGGAGGUGCACAGUGUUGAGUAGUUUCCCAGUCGUCAUGACGACCUCACACCCCAUCAUCUUCGGAGCUGUCUUCUUGUUGCCACGGUGACCUGAUCCCGCUCUAUCUCCGCUCCUCUCGAUGAUCCGGAUUGGGCCGAUAAAGGACAGCGAGCCCGGAGCGCCAUCUCUCUCCCCUGAAGGCGGCCGGUGGAUGGGACAGCGGCUCUCGCGCGGGGACGCCGAUCGGCAGGGCAGGAAGGCGCGGUGAGCCGGGAAUGCUGUGGGAGUAACACCGGGGAGCGUUGCCUGGAAACAGCAGCAUGCCAGUACAGCAGAUAACUGUGGUCCCGGCCAGGGAGACGACCAGCAAUGGCAAGAGCGCGCCUCGCUCCAAAGACAAGACCGAGGGGAGGAAGGCACCUGGGCGCUCGGGGAGCCGCUCCAGCAACAUCUCCAAGGCCAGCAACUCUACAGCCGGACUCACUACAGCCUCGAGGACGUCGAUAACCCCAUCUUCUCAGGACAUAUGCAGUUCUGGCCAGCUGACCCGCUUAGAAGAGGAUGCUUCUGAGUUACACGCGCACGGCCGGCACACACACGCCUCCUCUGCCAUGACGGUCGCCGGCGCCUCUCUGGCUUCGUCCUCUCUGGCCCAGAAAAAGCAGGUGAAGCGGCGCCACCGCCGCAAGAGGAACAGCUGCACCGCCUUCGACUGCGUGGAGACCAACGGCAGGCAGGAGCAGAGCGACCGCAGCCUCAGCUCGGACCGCAGCGAGCUGGGCGAGAAGAGGGAGCGCUCCUUCAAGAACCGGCGGGAGCUCCCGCCCCGCCUCCGCUGCUCGGCCGCGCCGCAGUCCGACUCCUCGGAGGAGGACGGGGCCAGGCGCCACGCCCGCAGCUGGAGCAAAGAGAAAGCCAGGAGGGCCCGCCGCCGCAGCGGGAGCAGCCGGGAGCGGGACGCCGCAAACUGGCGCAGGGGAGCGGGCGAGCAGGCCGACAUCAUGGAACUGCAGUCGGUGGGCUCGGACGAGGGGAAGGAGAACCAGCCCCUGGUGGAGGACGGCGGCGGCCUGAAGAAGCGCCACAGCACCAGGAGCUCCAGGAAGAGAGACGGCCGCGGCUCGGCCAGGGAGGGCUCGCACAGCAGGGAGAGGGAGAACGUGGCCGCCAGCUCCUCGGACGGCGAGGAGCUCAUCACCAAGAAUUACCAGGAGAAGGGGUCAGGGGGCGGAGACAUGUCGGUGCCCACGCCGCAGAAACACUGCGGCAUGAACGGCACGACGCCGCAGUACUGCUCCGACGACUCUGAGAUGGAGGUCUGCAGGAUCUGCCACUGUGAGGGAGAUGACGACUGCCCGCUGAUAAUGCCUUGCCGCUGCACGGGCAGCCUGAGUUUCGUGCAUCAGACCUGCCUCAACCAGUGGAUCAAAUCGUCCGACACCCGCUGCUGCGAACUCUGCAAGUUUGACUUCAUCAUGGAGACGAAGCUCAAACCUUUGCGCAAGUGGGAGAAGCUACACAUGUCCAAGAGUGAGAGGAGAAAGAUCUUCUGUUCAGUGUUGUUUCACCUGAUAGCAAUAGUGUGUAUGUUGUGGUCAGUCUACAUUCUGAUCCAGAGAACCACUGAGGAGAUCAGGCUUGGGAAGAACGACGAAUUAUGGAGAGUGUCUCUACUGAAGUACUAUUCACCGCAGGGUGUGCUGGAGUGGCCCUUCUGGACCAAGCUGAUCGUGGUGGCCAUCGGCUUCACCGGCGGCCUCAUCUUCAUGUACAUCCAGUGCAAAGUCUACCUGCAGCUGUGGCGCCGUCUCAAAGCCUUCAACCGCAUCAUAACCGUGCAGAACUGCCCCGAGAAGGACCUGCACAACCCGCUGGCCCGGCCCGGCGCCCUCAGCAACGGCAGGCACGAGUCCGUGGAGGUGCCGGUGAGCCUUGCCCCGGCCCCCGCCCCGGAGGCACAGAUGGACUCCGACAUGUCGGUGGAGGGCGCCGUAGCGCCGGCUCAAAACCCCGUCUGACUGACUCCUCUCCU